CGUUUUAUUGGCACUAUUAUUUAACGAGUGAAAAGUAUCAAUUAAAAAUUGAAUACACUACAGCAUGAACAGCAUAGGCGACGAUUGCAAUGAGUUAAAAAAGCAGUACGAUGCCUGUUUCAAUAACUGGUUUUCCGAACGAUUCCUUAAAGGAGAAACCGAUGACUCCGUAUGCGCACCUAUAUUCAAGGUUUAUCAGGAAUGCGUAAAGCGAGCCAUGCGUGAGCAAAAAAUUGAAUUACGUGAAAUCGAAACGGAUUACACCACCGCCAGUGAAUUCGACAACAACAACAACAGCAGCACGACCGGCAACAGCGCCCCAGCAUGGUGAGACAGCCAAUCCGGAUACAGAGCGUAAUACAUGUAUUAGCCAGUCGGCGCCUCACGGAAGUAGGGAUACAUUCCCUGGGAAGCAAAAACGCAGUUCCACAGUCUAAAAGUAUACAGCUCGUAGCAAUAAGUGGUUAAAAUUGACGCAAAAUCAUCAUUAAAAUUAUGUUAAG